UUUUCAGUGUUUCGUCAAGGUGACAUUGGCACCAAUUGGUAUACAGUGUUAUCAGGAUCUCUGGAAGUGACAGUGUCUGAGACUGGCAAAAAACAGGAUGCUGUUACGUUAUGUAUAUUGGGACCUGGGACAUCGUUUGGUGAAUCUAUAUUAACCAAUAAACCUCGUCAUGCUACAGUCGUUACGAGAGAUUAUACAGAAUUAAUACGUGUUGAACAGAAAGAUUUCAAAAUUCUAUGGGAGAGAAACAAACAGUUAAUGGAACGGGUAUUAACUCCAUUAAGUGCCUUGCAAAAACUAGGUAGGUUCAGUUAUUAUACGCCCACUUCUCUCUAUGUGCGUCAACAUUUGCGUGCGCCAUCCCAGAGAUUAGCUAGAGCAGGAAGAAUUUUACGUACCAUGUUAUUGUGCCGAGCUCCUCACAUGAUACGAGAUAGAAAACUACAUCUACGUACCUACAGAAGAUGUCUUGUGGGCUCGGAGAUGGUUGAUUGGUUGAUGCAACAGAGUACAUUAGUUCACCAGAGAAACCAGGCUGUCGGAAUGUGGCAGGCUUUACUAGAAGAGGGCGUCAUUGUUCACGUGUGUCGUGAGCACCAAUUUAAAGAUAAAUACCUUUUUUAUCGAUUCGAAGAUGAUGACGAGGGGAUUGGAACGGUUCCGACCAAUAUUGAGAAGAAAGAAGCCGAAGACAGACUUCCUGAUACUGUCCUCAUGUUAGCUACGAUCGGUCCUGAUGCCAUGAUGAGGAUGAUUCUUCGAAAACAGCCAACAGAAAGAACAAGUGAAGACCUAGAGAUAGUAUAUGAAGAAUUACUCCACAUCAAAGCUCUUUCUCAUCUUUCUACCAUGGUUAAACGAGAGUUAGCCAGUGUUCUUAUAUUCGAAUCACAUGCAGAAGCCGGCACUGUUUUAUUUAAUCAAGGUGAUGUGGGGAAGUCUUGGUAUAUUAUAUUAAAGGGAUCUGUUAAUGUUGUAAUUUAUGGGAAGGGUAUUGUCUGUACGUUACAUGAAGGAGAUGAUUUUGGUAAAUUAGCCUUAGUUAACGAUGCUCCCAGGGCGGCUACGAUAGUACUAAGGGAAGAUAACUGUCAUUUUUUACGAGUUGAUAAAGAAGAUUUUAAUCGUAUUUUACGUGAUGUAGAAGCAAACACAGUGAGAUUAAAGGAACAUGGACAAGAUGUUUUAGUUUUAGAAAAAAUUCCAACUAACGUCAAAUCUCAAGAUGGUUCUGUCCAGUCACAUUACAAAUAUUCUGUAAUGGCGGGUACACCAGAGAAAAUGUUAGAACAUCUUCUAGAAACAAGAUUAGAUAAUAAACAAGAUGAAAAUUCAGGUAGGGCUAUUAUUUCAUCUUUCAAGACGUUUCAAAUACUUUUAGAUAUAGCUAAUGCCACUGUCCUUCAAAAUACCCUCAUUGUACACUGCAUGGUGUUGCCCGUCUUCAUUAGCCCAAUUAAGCGUAGAAGAGUAGUACGUAAAACUUCAGAGUUCAAAGGGUUAAGGGUAUAUCAUGGUUUUUUUUAUUUACACUCAGUGUUUAAAGGGUUAAUAAAAUCUCUACUGGUGAAAGGAAAAAACCGAGAUUCUGGAAUUUUAAAAUAUUCUGUAAUGGCGGGUACACCAGAGAAAAUGUUAGAACAUCUUCUAGAAACAAGAUUAGAUAAUAAACAAGAUGAAAAUUCAGGUAGGGCUAUUAUUUCAUCUUUCAAGACGUUUCAAAUACUUUUAGAUAUAGUCCAGUCAACCAUUCAGAGUAUUGUAAAAGUAUAUUGUGCUGAUCAUACGUACAGCUCGUUUCGAUUUCCGAUGAAUACCUCCGUAGCUGAAAUAGUUCAUCAUGCUAAAGAUAAAUUAUCUCUAGGGGACGAUUUGAUUUUAUGUGAGGUCAAAUCUAACGGAGAUCGUAUGGUAUUUAAAGAUAAUAAUUUAUGUGUUACAACUGGAUUGAGUUUAAAUGGAAGAUUAUUUAUAACCCCGAGAGAACAUAUAGACGCUUUGACGCCUUUACAAGAGCAAGAUGGGCCGUCAGAAUCUACAGCAAACUCUAUUGAGCUCAUGAGCACAAAAGAAUUGGCCUAUCAAAUAACCUUAUACGAUUGGGAACUGUUCAAUGCCUUGCAUGAGUUUGAAUUGAUCUACCUGGUAUUUGGUCGUCAUAGAUUUAAUAAAAUAACGGCCAAUCUAGAUCUGUUUUUACGACGGUUUAAUGAAAUACAGUAUUGGGUUGCCACGGAAAUGGUUUUAUGUUCGAACGUCAGCAAACGAGUUCAGUUAUUAAAGAAGUUUAUUAAGUUAGCUGCAAUCUGUAAAGAAAAUAAAAAUCUGCAUUCGUUUUUUGCGAUUGUGAUGGGAUUAAGUAAUAUAGCUGUUAGUCGGCUUUCACAGACCUGGGAGAAAUUACCUGGUAAAUUUAAUAAGUUAUUUGCUGAGUUCGAGACGGUGAUGGAUCCAUCUAGAAAUCAUCGUGUUUACAGAUUAACAGUUGCCAAAAUGAAUCCACCAAUUCUUCCUUUUAUGCCUUUAUUAAUGAAGGGUGAGUAUUGUUAG